AUCUGGUGCCACAUACAUUCUCUGAUGCCAAUGCAAGACUCUGCUCGUUCUGCUUGUGUAUCACAUGCAUUUCUGGAUUCAUGGAGACACCAUCCGAACCUCAUCUUAAACAAGGAAACACUGGGACGAAAUGCAUGUGGAAAGGGUGAUAUAGCGAGGACUUUGAUUAGCAAAGUUGACCAGAUUCUGAAAAAGCACUCGCGCACUGCCAUGAAGAUACUCAAGCUUGACAUCUUUGAUUGUCACGAUGUCGACAUUUCUGAUCUCAAUAAUUGGCUUCAGAUUGCUAUUAUACCCGGGAUUGAAAAACUGGUCCUUUCUCUGCCUUCAGGAUACCAAGAAGUGUACACCUUCCCAUGCUCACUUUUGUUUGGUCAGAAUGGAAGCUCACUUCGGUAUCUUCAGCUCAGUUACUGCACCUUCCGUCCCACAGUUGGCUUUGGUUUCUUGAGAAGCUUAACAAAGCUAUAUUUGCGUAAUGUGAGGACUACAGGGGGAGAGUUAGGGUGCCUUCUUUCUAAUUCUUUGGCUUUGCAGCUGUUGGAACUCAGGUAUUGCAGUGAAAUAAUCUACCUGAAGAUACCAUGCGUGCUGGAGCGACUCAGCUGCCUCAAUGUUUCUGCAUGCAAUGCGCUGCAAAUAGUUGAGAGCAAUGCUCCGAACCUCUCCACCUUCAACUUUAAUGGCGACACAGUACAGCUCUCUCUCAGACAAUCAUUGCAAGUUAAGAACCUAUAUAUGGGAUGUCCAAAUGUGUCAAACCUUCUCUGCUACGCUAUUACCAAGCUUCCAUAUGUUGUGUCAACCGUUGAAGAUCUUAAAUUGUCUUCACCUAGUGGUGAGAGAGUUAAUACACCGAUGGCAGCUGCAAAAUUCCUCCACCUCAAGUUCUUGGAAAUUUAUCUUGAUGGAGAUCUUUCCCCAGGAUAUGAUUAUUUGUCUCUGGUUUCUUUUCUCGAUGCUUCUCCUGCUUUGGAGACUUUCAUCUUCAGGGUGGAUCAGGAUGAAAUGCUGUUUGAUUCGAUUAUUGGAGGUGCCUUACAUAUGAGGCAGAUGCCCGAACACAAGCACAACAGCCUCAAGAAUGUGAAGAUCCUUGGCUUCUGCUCUGCAAAGAGCAUGGUUGAGCUAACAUGCCAUAUUCUAGAGAAUGCUACAUCACUGGAAUGUAUCACCUUGGACACCAUAUAUGAUGCAGAAGACGAAGACUUUGUCGGUAGAUGUUCUGAAACUUCUGCACGGAGAUCCGGUAAAUGCUCCAUUCAGACAAGUGAGAUGAUGUUGGAAGCUAAUAAAGCUCGCAUCGCCAUUGUGGGAUACAUCGAGAGGAAAGUUCCCUCUACAGUUAAAUUAGAUGUUCGGGGGCCCUGUAGCCGGUGCCAUACUUUAGAGCUGAUCUCGAGUUGAAAGUUUGUGAAAACACUAUCGGAUCCAAAUAUUAUAAGACGAAAUGCCAAACGGAGUCUGAGCUCCAUGGAGGCCUUUAUUUGAAAA